UCGGCGCUCUGUUGCUCGGCCUGGCUGCUGCACCACAUGGCCUGACUGCAUGAGAGACUGAAACAGAUAUAAACAGUGAAAACAGGCUGACAGAGAGAUAUUUUAACACUCAGAGGGUUAAAUAUAGAUUAUUAUAGAGGAAAAGAUGUCGCAGCUUCAGGCUCGGUUCUUCACGGAGGACAAACGGUUCGUGGUGGACGACGUCCCGUUCUCCGUGCCGGCCGGCUCCGAGGUUCACGACCUCAGUGACCUCAUCAACAAGCUGCUGGAGGCCAGAAAUGCGUCUCACAGUAAAGUGGAGUUUGACUUCCUGGUCCGGGGACAAUUCCUCAGGACGUCUCUGUCCAAUCACAUGGACGCAGAGGGGAUCUCCACGGAGGAGGUGGUGGAGGUGGAAUACGUGGAGCGGAUCACGGCUCCGGAGCCGGAGGAGUGCAUGAUGCACGACGACUGGAUCAGCUCGGUGCACGCCGACGCUGAGUGGAUCCUGACGGGCUCCUACGAUAAGACGGCGAGGAUCUGGUCUGUGGAGGGGAAAGCUGUGAUGACGAUGGCGGGACACACGGACGUGGUCAAAGACGUGGCCUGGGUCAAACGAGACGGUCUGUCCUCCGUCCUCCUGACGGCGUCUCUGGACCAGACUCUGCUGCUGUGGGAGUGGAACUCUGAGAGGAACAAGCUGAAGGCUCGACACUGCUGCAGAGGACACACGGGCAGCGUGGACACCGUCUCUGCUGACCCCACCGGGACCAGGUUCUGCAGCGGCUCCUGGGACAAGAUGCUGAAGAUCUGGUCUGCAGUGCCGUCAGACGAGGCGGACGAGGUCGAAGAAUCUGUGGACCGACCGAGGAAAAAACAGAAGACGCAGCAGCUCGGCCUCACCAGAACUCCUCUGAUGACGCUGUCGGGACACAACGAGGCCGUGUCCUCGGUGCUGUGGAGCGACGGGGAGGAGCUCUGCAGUGCAUCAUGGGACCACACGGUCCGAGUCUGGGACGUGGAGACGGGAGAGACAAAGACCACACUGACGGGCAGCAAAGUGUUCAACUGCAUCUCCUACUCUCCUCUGUGCCGCCGGCUCGCCUCAGGAAGCACCGACAGACACAUCAGGCUGUGGGACCCUCGCACCAAAGACGGCUCCCUGGUGCUGCUGUCUCUGACAUCACACUCCGGCUGGGUGACGGCCGUGAAGUGGGCGCCGUCACACGAGCACCAGCUGGUCUCCGGCUCGCUGGACAACCUGGUGAAGCUGUGGGACACCAGAAGCUGUAAGGCUCCUCUCUACGACCUCGCAGCUCACGAGGACAAAGUCUUCUGUGUGGACUGGACAGAAAACGGGCUGAUGCUGAGCGGCGGAGCAGACAACAAGCUGUACAGCUACAGAUACUCGGCCUGUCAGACGGACGCCGGAGCCUGAAGGUCAUCAGAAGUUCAUCAGUGACAAACGGAGGAGAAAUACUCUGAGUUCUGUACAAACUGUCCACAUAUUUUACCCUCUCCAUUUUUACACAUAUUUUCUUAUGGAUUGUCUUUGUGUUCCUGUAAGCCCAGAAAGAUAUAAAUUAAUUUUGUCUCCUAAAA